AAAGACAGUAGUAGUAGUAGUAGUGCAGAGUUUGCCAUACUCAAAGAUGCGUAUAGUGUUAGUGGUCACAGCCUUGCUGGCUGCAGCAGCAGCCUUGCCGACAGAUAUACCGGAGCCCGGACAACUGGCUCUGGUUCUCGGCGAAGAAGAAUUUGAAGACUACCUCGAUGCCUGGCUGGAGCUUGAACAAUCCAAAUCGGCUAACUCUUCCUACACUACUGAAGCCAGGAGCGGUUGCACGCUCAACGUAAACGGAGACUUAGGGCAGCCGCAGCCGGUGUACAUCCGCGGUAACAACUAUCUGGCCGCCACUGGAAAUACCGGCCAGAUCCGGCUCAACACUGGCGAACAAGUGACAAUCGCGUGCACCGGCUCCGGGCGUACCAUCCUGCACCCUAACAUCGCUGCUACUAGAGACGUUGCUACAGCAACAUGUGUAAGCAACAACUUAGUCUCCGGCGCUGGCUGGUUGAACGGUAACGGAGCCUUCGGACAACUGACUUGUUCCGCACAUGCUUUCCAUGAAGCUCAAUGGACCACCACUCGUUGCUUCAACAACAAUCUGGUUAUUCGUGUUGGUUUCAUCGUCAACAAUGUGUUCUACCCUCUGUACUGGUCAUGCUUCGAUCAGAACCGUCUUGAAGUUUUAUACGUCUGGUAUGACCAGAACACCGAAAAUGCUGUUCACCAAUCUGGAGUUGACAGACCGAGUUGGUUAGCUGGAAGUUUCUUCCCCGGCGUUGCCGUGAACACUAUGUACACUCAAGUUAAUCAGAAAGCAGUCGUCACCCAAUUAGUUGGUGCUACAUUAGCUGAUAAGUACGUCACAACACACCAGUUCAUGGCACGUGGUCAUCUUGCUGCCAAGAGUGACUACGUCUUCGCCACUGGCCAGCGCGCUACCUUCUACUUCAUCAACGCUGCUCCACAGUGGCAGCCAUUCAACGCUGGUAACUGGAACUGGCUGGAACAGAACCUUCGCGCUCGCAUCGGAGCUGCUGGCUACAACACCGUCAUCUACACCGGUACCUUCGGAAUUUCUCAGUUGCGCGAUCAGAACAACCGCCUAGUUGACCUUUACUUGGUUCCAGAGCGUAACCAGCUCCCAGUUCCACUUUACUUCUACAAGGUUGUGUACGACGCGUCUCGCCGCAUCGGUACAGCGUUCGUGAGCAUCAACAACCCCUACUACACGGAGGCCGAGGUUCGUGCUCUGACCUUCUGUACCGACCGCUGCCGCAACAACAACGCCUUCAAUUGGCUGAAUUGGCAGCCUGACCGUAUCGACAUCGGAUACAGCUUCUGCUGCACAGUUGAUGACUUCAGAAGAACUGUGCCCCAUCUACCCGCCUUCACCACCAAUGGACUUCUUUCUUACAAAGGCUGGUAUAAAAAUGAAGACAUGACUCAACGCAGCAGUAGUGCCGAGCGUGCCUUACUCAGGAUGCGUUCAGUGUUAGUGCUCACAGCCCUGCUGGCUGCAGCGGCGGCCUUGCCGUCAGUGUCGGAUAUACCGGAGCCAGGACAACUGGCUCUGGUUCUCGGCGAAGAUGACUUUGAAGACUACCUCGAUGCCUGGCUGGAGCUUGAACAAUCUAAGAACGCUUCCAAUGUAGAAGCUGGACCCAGGAGCGGGUGCACGUUGAGAAUAAACGGAGAUCUGGGACAGCCGCAGCCUGUGUACCUCCGCGGUAACAGGUACUUGGCUGCUAACGGUAAUACCGGUCAGAUCCGUUUGAACACCGGCGAAAAUGUGGUGGUCGCCUGCACCGGCUCCGGUCGCACCAUACAGCACCCUAACAUUAUUGCUUCAAGGAACGUCGCUACGGCGACAUGUGUAAACAACAACCUGGUCUCCGGCGCUGGCUGGUUGAACGGUAACCGUGCCUUCGGUCAGCUGACCUGCUCCACACACUCACACCACGAAGCUCAGGGAACUAACACUCGUUGCUGGAAUAAUAACCUCGUUAUUCGUGUGGGUUUCAUCGUCAACAAUGUAUUCUACCCGCUGUACUGGUCUUGCUUCAACCAGGCUCGUAUGGAAGUCAUCUACGUGUGGUAUGACCAGACUCGUGAAAACGCUGUUCAUCAAACCGGCGUUGACAGACCUAGCUGGCUGGCUGGAAGCUUCUUCCCUGGUGUUGCCGUGAACACAAUGUACACUCAAGCUAAUCAGAGGACGGUCUUGACCCGUUACGUUGGUGCGCAAUUAGCUGACAGAUAUCUGACUAGCCACCAGUUCUUGGCUCGUGGUCAUCUUGCUGCUAAGAGUGACUACGUCUUUGCUACUGGCCAGCGCGCUACUUUCUACUUCAUUAAUGCUGCUCCUCAGUGGCAGCCAUUCAACGCUGGCAACUGGAAUUGGCUGGAACAGAAUCUCCGUGCCCGAAUCGGAGCUGCUGGCUACAACACCGUCAUCUACACCGGUACCUUCGGAGUGACUCAGUUACGUGAUCAGAACAAUCGCUUUGUUGAUAUCUACCUUGUGCCUGAGCGCAACCAGAUCCCAGUUCCUCUAUACUACUACAAGGUGGUGUACGACGCAUCUCGCCGCAUCGGCACAGCAUUCGUGAGCAUCAACAACCCCUACUACACGCUUGCUGAGGCGCGCGCUCGUCAGUUCUGUACCGACCGCUGCCGCAACAACAACGCCUUCAACUGGCUGAGGUGGCAGCCCGACCGCAUCGACAUCGGAUACAGUUUCUGCUGCACCAUUGACGAUUUCAGAAGAACCGUGCCCCAUCUACCCGCGUUCACAACCAACGGGCUCCUCUCUUAA